AGCUUAAGGGUGGCAACUGCAGUUGGAGUGUUAUUGGGUGUCUGCUGUAGGGAGGGAUGAGAGAGAGUAGGUAGGCAACUCUUUGGAGUGAAACAAAUGGAAAGGAGCGGGUAGAGCGAAAUAGAACCUGAGGCAGGUUCUGUAUCCCGUGCAGUGACCGGAGAACUUGGAAGUGAAAGAAAGCUAGGAAUGUGACACGGGACACGCUUGUCGCAUAAUUCUGUGAUUAGACCUACCACUGCCGACAUGGCACUGCCUCCGGAGAAAGCCACCGAACUCAAACAAAUCAUCCACGAGCAGCUGACCCGUAUGGAUGUGCACGGCAAAAUACGAGAAGUCUUAGCAGAAUCAUUAAGAGAAGAAUUUCAAACAGAAAGCCAGCAGUUAUCAGAGGAAGAUCUGAUGCAAGCCUUAAGGCAGCGCGGCAUUGUUGAUGAAGUCAUGAAGGAGUUGCAUUUUAUGGAGGACAGGCAUACCAGGGAAUUAACAUCAACACCAAAGCCAGCCACACAUUAUAUUGACAAAGAAACGAGAUCACUAAGAAAAACUAAUGUUGACCCCACACGUAGGUACCUUCACCUUCAGGUUUUAAAUGGAAAAGCUUUUCUCGAGCACCUGCAAGAAUCUGAUCCCCUGCCAGGCCAGGCCUGCUCUACCUUUACUCUCUGCCUCCACUUCAGAAACCAAAGAUUUCGCUCAAAGCCUGUACCCUGUGCUUGUGAACCGGACUUCCAAGAUGGUUUCUUGCUAGAAGUGCACAAAGACAGCUUAGGUGAUGGAAGCAAGAUGGCUGAUGCCACCACCAUGUUAUCAAUCUGUGACCCUGUACAGCUGGUGCUAUUAAAGACAGAUACUUCUGGUGAAACCACAUUAGUUUCAUCACACUUUCUAGAGUGGCGAUCAAUCCUGGGAACAGAAAAGGGAGUGACUAGUCUUGCAGUCGAGCUCCUAGGAGUAGGUUCUGAAUGCAAAGUGUCUGUUGGUGUCCUCAAUGUAAAACUGGAGCUCUACCCACCUCUAAACAAAACACUUUCCCAGGAAGUCAUUAAUACUCAGCUUACCUUGGAGCGGCAGAAGACAGCUGAGAAGGAAAGGCUCUUUCUGGUGUAUGCCAAGCAGUGGUGGAGAGAAUACUUGCAAAUCCGUCCUUCACACAACUCCAGGCUUGUGAAGAUUUUUGCUCAGGAUGAGAACUGGGUGAACAGGCCUGUGUGUUCGUACAUUCGUCCCCUGAGAGCAGGGCGCUUACUGGAUACCCCUCGACAGGCAGCACGCUUUGUUAAUGUCCUGGGGUAUGAAAGAGCCCCAACUGUUGGUGGGGGUGGCAAACCGGAACAGUGGUGUACCCUUUUGGCAUUCCUCUGCAGAAAUAAGGGGGACUGUGAAGACCAUUGCAAUCUUCUGUGCUGUCUUCUUCUUGGUUUUGGAUUAGAUGCCUAUGUGUGUGUGGGUACAAAAGGAAGAGGACAGGCACAUACUUGGGUGAUGACUUGUGGAGCUGAUGGGGCCAUCACAUUUUGGGAGAGCUUGACUGGGCACAGGUAUGUGCAUAAGCCAAUUAACCCAGAUGACCCUCCCAUGGUUGAACAGCCUAAACCACUGUAUCCAUACAAAACUAUUGGAUGUGUCUUCAGUCACAAGCGGUUUUUAGCCAACAGCCAGCCUUUAGAUGCCGUUGAAGUCUGUGUUUUUGACCUGCACGAUGAAUCCAGGUGGAAGCCUAUGAGUGAGGAAGCUAUUAAAUCAGUCUGCUCUCCAGGAUCACUUGCUUCGCUUCCUCCAUUUCCCCCACUCUGCAGUUCUUUGCUUGAUGCAGCUACAGAAAGCAAUGAAAUUGAACUACAGCUUAGAUUGCUUGUGUUGGAACACAGAAAGGAUCUUGAUCUUACGACUGUUUGGGAUGACCAGCUUUCCUACCUCCUGUCUCCUGCAUUAGCCUCAUAUGAGAUUGAACGUACCACAGGAAUAUCUGCUGGCAAUGAGGAAUUUCAGGAUUCCAUAAGAAGAGCCGUUCCAGAUGGGCAUACAUUCAAAGGAUUUCCUAUCCACUUUGUACAUAGAAAUGCAAGACGAGCUUUCGCUACGUGUCUGCGGUCUCCCUUUUGUGAUGAGAUAAUCAGCUGUCGUGGGGACCAGAUGAGACUUGCUGUCCGUGUGCGGGUUUACACCUAUCCAGAAGCUGCUUGCGCUGUGUGGAUUAUGUUUGCUUGUAAAUAUCGCUGUGUACUUUAACCAAAGGUCUACGUUUUUGGUAAUAUUACUGGCCGUUUACUUAAAUCAAACGUUGAUAUUUAUCUAUAGGUGUGUGGACUUUUAAAAUAGGCUUUUAUAUGUUAUUUAUACAAAAUGUAUUCCUACAAUGUAAUAUUUUUUUAAAUAAACAUUUAUAUGGUCUAGAA